UUUAUUAAAACAAUUUCAUAUUCAAAGAAAUAUUUUCUUCUGCGAAAAUGACAACAAAAAGAUAAAUAAAAAAUAACUAAUUUCUGUGUUUUAACAACAUUCAUAUAUAUAUAUUUUUUUUCGAACACUCUAUACAUAACCUAAAAGUAAAAAAUUAUCCUCAUUCAGCCAAGCAAUCCCGAGGUGUGAUGGCGUCCGACGCGCACAGGACAAAUGGAUGUUGUUGUGUUUUUAAAUGAAAAUUGCCGAAGAUUUAUGAAAUUCUGAUCAAAUGAAGAUGAAACGAUCGAAAAUUGAAAUAAUCAAUGCGACUGUUGAAUCGUAUUUGAAGCGACGAAGAUAUCAGGAUAGUGACGUAUUCCGAAAACCUGAGAGAACUGGUUCCAGAAGUAGUGAGGAAAUGACAUUAAAUGUCUCGGCCGAAUGUGGGACAUCCCGUGAUAAUUCCAUCAUCUUCAGUGCAAUUAUUAAUGAUCCUGUAGCCGCUGAUCAGGCCUAUCAAAAAUUAAAAAAUUGGAUUAAUGGCGUUGUAAGUGAUAAAUUAAGAAACGAAUUACGUGAACUUCUUUAUCCAGUAUUUUGUCAUUUUUAUUUGGAAAUGCUUCAUGCUGGAAAUAGUCAAUUAGCUAUUCAAUUUUUAAAAACACAUCAAAUUGAUUUCACCACAAGAACUGAAAAAGAUUUUUUAGAUGAAUUAUCAAAUGUUUCGUCAAUACAAGAUAUUGAAAUACGACCUUUAGUGCAUGCAUUUAGAACGAGAAAAUAUAAAGUUGAUUUGUCCGAUGAUGCUCAUAUUUGUCUUCAAAGAUUUUUAUCUAAAUAUGGACACAUUAUUCUUAUGCAGGUUAUAAAUACUCACAUAACCGUGAUAAAAGAAAUAUCAGAUGGUUAUAUUGAAAAUGAAGAAAGUUAUGGUGAACGAGGACAAAAUAAUGAUAUAGGUAUUAAUGGUCAUAUGGAGCAACCAUGUGGCACUGGUGUCGAUAGAGAAAUGAGAGAACUUCAAGAAGCAAUUCGACUGAUUCGCAAUAGUGCUCAUCAACCACUUCGUGUAUUCACUGUCAGCAAUGCUAUUGAAAACGCAAGUUGCGGUAUUAUUACGCCAAACAUGGAUAAAUUAGCUGCAGGUUUUAACACUUCUGAAAUUAGAGUAUGGGGCAUUAGCGACGCUGUACUUAUGAGGCCGACGUUUUCUGAACCCACUGUUAAGCUUGCUUGUGAUUUACCAUCAACAAGCAAUUAUAUUGAUGACAGUAAUAAUCGGUGCGCAAAUGGAGCGGUUAUUUUAAGAGGUCACACUGAUGUAAUUCAUGACGUUAGAUUUGUACCUGAGGCGGAAGUUCUUCUUUCCGUGUCCAGUGACAAAGAUAUGAGAGCGUGGAGAUUAAAUGAUUUUUCAUGUGCUUCAGUUUACCAAGGUCACAAUUAUCCAAUAUGGUGUAUGGACACUAGCGCGUUUAAUUUGUACAUAGCUACAGGUUCUCAUGACAGAACUGCCAAAUUGUGGUCAUUAGAUAGAACAUUCCCUCUUCGAAUAUUUGCAGGUCAUUUUUUGGAUGUAAAUUGCAUACGAUUUCAUCCAAACGCUCGAUAUUUAGCGACAGGUUCGGCAGAUAAGACUGUUAGAUUGUGGAAUAAGGAUGAUGGCAAUAUGUUACGAGUUUAUGUAGGCGCUCAAUCAACAAUCUAUAGUUUAGCUUUUAGUCCCGAUGGAAAAUACUUAGCUGCAGCUGGUGAUGACAAAAGUAUUUCCAUAUGGGACUUGUCAACAAAUUCAUUAAUGACGGAGUUAAAAGCCCAUCAGGAUUCUGUAAUGAAUUUAGAUUGGAGUCCUGAUGGUCAAUUUAUUGCUAGUUCCAGCAUUGAUGGAGUAGUCUGUUUAUGGUCCACUCAGGAACAUAUUAAUGUAAACAAUAGUGGUCUGGCUAAUAUGUCCGCAAAAGUUCCGCAAGUAUUCAAAACAAAUUGCUCAAGUAUAUUGUCCCUUCGAUAUUAUAAAAAAAAUAGUUCUCUUGUUUGUAUUGGAACUACCUAAUAUCGAAUCAAAUUCAUUUUUAAAAAAAUUGUUUUUAAAAAAGCCAUUUCGCCUUUGCAAUUAUCAUUUUUUAUUGUACUCGACAUCAUCAUGUUUCCUUUUUAAAUAAUAUAAAAUAAUUUUAAAUACUUCCAAUAAUAGGUAAAAAAAAAAAAAAAAAAGUGUUUCGUAUUAAUAAAAUCUAAAAAAAACACAGUUAAUUGUAAGUUUAAAAAAAAUACUAUGUCGGCUGUGAAAAAUGUUAUUCUCUUUUUAUUGUUAGACUCAACAAAAAUAGUAAUUAAUAUAAAUCCCCUGCAAGAGGAGAAGGAGAAAAACUGACAAAAAAAAAAAUAAAUAAAGAAUCGCUUCUGCAGCGCAAGAAGUACUUUUGUAUAUAUGAAUAUUUUAUUGUUAGUGAAAUGGUAAGGGACAAGCGUUCUUUUUUUUGUUUGUUUGUAACAGGUUAUUUCGUAUUCUAUUUUCUUACGAGUUACAAACAAAACCAAACACUUAUUUAUUUAAUUAUAUCUGUAUUUUCUAAAAACUCUGCAUAAUUUCUUUAUAAGAAACUGGCGCAUCUGUAAUGUGUAAAUAAAUAAUUUUGUUUCCAGUGA